CAGCCAAUGAGGUGGCGCCCAGGGCCUGCUCCACCUCUGGGGUGACAGAAACCCUGCACAGUUAUCCUGGAUGCCAGUCGGAGGCUGAAGGGAGAGGCCAGGCUGAGCUGACCUGGACACGAGGCUUUUGUGGUAACAGAGGACUGCCAGAAAGGGGUGCAGGGACGCCUAGCUCUCUCUCACAGACCCGGAGAUUCAGACACAGAAGUCUUCCAUGGCUCCUUAUCACAUCCGCAAAUACAGGGAGAGUGAUCGCCAAAGGGUCCUGGACUUGUUCUCCCACGGAAUGACCGAGCAUGUCCCCAACACCUUCCGCCAUAUCCUGAAGUUGCCGAGAACCCAAGUUGUCUUGCUUGGGGUGCCCCUCGCCUUAUUCCUGGGCUCUGGCUCCUGGCUCCUGGCCCUGGUGGCCAGCCUCGCCCUCCUGGCUGCCCUGAGGUUCCUUGCUAAAAUCCUCUGGACCCAGUAUGUGGACAACUGUUUGGACACAGACAUGUCUGACAUCACCAAAACCUACUUAAGCAAGCGUGGCUCCUGCUUCUGGGUGGCUGAGUCUGAGGGGCAGGUGGUGGGCAUGGUGGGAGCUCUGCCAGCUGAGGAGCCCACCUUGAGGAAGAAGCAGGUGGAGCUGUUUCACCUGUCUGUGGCCUCGGAGUGCCGGGGUCAGGGGAUAGCGAAAGCCCUGGUCAGGACGCUCCUCCAGUUUGCACGUGACCAGGGCUACAGUGAAGUCGUCCUUGCCACCAGCAUGCUGCAGGUCUCCGCUCUGGCACUCUACCAGAGCAUGGGCUUCCAGAAGAGGCACCAGUACUUCUAUAAGUGGAGCUGGGCGCUAAUCGCCAUCAAUCAUUUCGAAUUAAUCUACCGGCUGCCGUCUGCUCAGGUCGCUCAGGCACUGCAAGAGAGAGGGGAGCUGUGACCUGUUUUCUGGUGGAUUAACCAGGAGAGGAUGGGCUCAGGCCCAGGGCUGGUGUGUGCAGCCCACGCAACCUUCUGAGCUAGCUCACCACCAGCACUCAGUGUCCUACACGUCGUAUUGUGUUACCCAAGGCCACGAUCUUGACCGUGUACCUCCAUUCCAGUAGCUUUUCUACCUGGACUUGGUUGGGGUCCCCCUCAGUUCCUUCUCCCAGGCCAUCUUCCUCCUCGAUCUUGUUGCCUUGCAUCUUCCCGUCUUGCUUCCCAGAGAACUAUCACCCACCUACCCCUAAAACUAUGCCCCCACUUCUAAGUUUUAAAUUAAACUUCUGUGUGCCCUGAA